UUCAUUACUUCAAAAUAGAUUUACAGAUUAUGACUACAAUUAAAUUCUGCUGCAUUAAAAUAAGCAGUUUAUUUGAUCAUUUUUCAUAUUUUAUUUUAUUUUUUAAAUGUAUUUUUCCAAAUAAUUUCCAACUGGUUUUUCUGUAUGUCUCACAGCUGCUGAAAACAUCCUCUAGAACACACCUCAUGUAUGUCUCCACCAUCUCCAUCCUUCUUCAUCUGGGAGGCAAAUGUCUGCUCAACUGGUUCCUGGUGUUUCUCCAGAGGAUGCACAUCUCCAGAAGCUUCCUGGGAAUCUUCAGCGUUUCUCUUGCUGCUGUAGAUACAGCUCUGACUUUCUUUAUCAUCGUCGUUCACAUCCAGAGAGGCGGAUAUGUACUCCUCCUCGGUUACCUGAUGACCAAGUAUGAUCUGUGUUUGCUUGUCCAGAUCAUCGGACAGAUCAGCAGAGUUCUACGCUGGCCCAUUGCGGUCGUGGCGGCUGUGGAUCAUUUCUGCAUUGUGAUUGUCUAUUUAUUAGUGACCAUCUUCCUAUGGUUCCUUACUGCUCUCUAUUUCUUCCUGCUGUUUGACUUCAUUCCUGAUAUUCCCAACCACGACCCACUCAGGUGCCGGGUCAUCCACUCCCUACGGACCAUACACAUCAUAGUGCUGCUCUUCCUCGUUCUGGCCUGUGUUGCAGCAUUUUCACUGAUCAGCCCUGUAGACCAAAGUCAAAUUCCCUCACAGAGAAGCUUUAUUCAACAAACACUGCAACGAUUUGUCUACACUUGGAUUGUUUUCCCGGUGUUCCUGGCCAUACUCCUCUUUCUGCCGAUGGGAAUACCUUCCUACCUGGAUCUGAGCAUUGCCUGGCUCUGUUUUCUUAACAGCCUUCUGGUGGCCGUUGUUUUAUGUGUAUUCUCUCUGUUCUCACAGGGACUGCAGGGCUUGGUCGAGGUUCCUGCAGACAAUUUCUCUCUAACUGUGGCAGAUGCUGAGGCAAAUCAAGCGUUCUUCAUCGAAGGGCUUGUCCGUGGACUGAGUCCCGGUUGGAGAAUAGUUUGGAAGGUCAGAGUCCUCUUCCAUUGGUCAGGACGGUUUCAGUCUCACGUCAAUGAGAACCUUGAAGUCCAGGUCCAGAGUGCAAUAAUGGAGUUUGGGAUCGUCUCGUCGUCGCUGUGUCCUGUCGUAGGUGCGUCCAGGGGGUCGUCAGCCGAGGUGGGUACGAUGUCAUGUAGGUGUGUGGUUAGGGAGGAGCCCCAGUCCGUCGUUCCAGUUCCAGUUCUUGUACCCCCUUCAGAUGCUGCUGUCCCAGUUGUUCCGUCAGAAUAUGGGGUGCCCCAACAGAGGGGAGAGGGCCCCAGACGACAGCAGCUGCCCUCGUUUUGGCGGUAUAUAAAAAAGGGAUGCCUCAGUACCCCAACCGUCCAGGCCACCCAGCUUGACGUGAGUGAGGAGGAAGAGCAACACACCUCCCUUCUCUUCCUCUCCCUCCCUUACUACCUGGACAUGGCUGUUGUCAUUUGUUUAGAUGCCGCUCUGACACACAGCGAGAAGAUAAAACCUUGCAGACAACGAGCCCAAAGAGCAGCAACACUGGAAACGAGGGGGCCGCCGUUCUGCUCCAAUGCCUACGACACACUGACACACUCAAGUGUGUGCAUGCUUUUGUACAUCUCAUCAUGA